GCCCAACCAUACCAGGUAAAAUGAUGAAAGACAAGUCUCGAGCAAGCCUGAACUUGAUUCUAGUUGCUCAACAUGGAGUUAGAACUCAUAAAAGUUCUCUCUAUUUCCUUCUUAUUCCCUACCCUAGUUAGCUUGCUGUUCGUAUAUUUUGUAUACUCACGUGUCUUAGCAUGGCAUAGACUCCGACAUAUCGAUGGACCAUGGAUCGGUUCCUUCUCUUACCUGUUCAUGAGCUGGGUGACAUUUUCAGGAAAGCAAUCUUACAAUUACCGGAAGCUCAACAAGAAGUACGGCCCUCUCGUACGUAUCGGUCCUAAUGAUCUUAUAACGGACGACCCCGAGAUCAUCCGGCGAAUGAACGGAGCUCGAUCCAAGUACCAGCGGUCAUCAUGGUAUAACGCGAUGCGCAUGGACCCGUAUCUCCCAUCGCUUUUUAGCAUCAUGGAUACAGAUGUCCAUGACAAGUUGAAGGCCCAGUUGUCUUUCGGGUAUGGGGGCAAAGAGAACCCAACCAUCGAGGCCGACAUCGACGAGCAGCUAGCCAGUCUCGUGGCGCUCAUCCGACGCAAGUACUUGUCCGAUGACCAUCAUUUACGGCCGAUAGACUUCGCAGAACGAAUCCAGUACUUUACUCUGGACGCCAUCACCAAGAUUGCAUAUGGACGUGCUUUCGGCUACUUGGCCACGGACACGGAUGUAUAUGGCUAUAUCGAGACCGCCGAAACCCAAGUGCCCAUGUUGGUCGCGCUGGCUGAUGUUCCCUGGUUAACGCGAUUGUUCUUCAGUGAGACCAUGCUUAAACUGGUCGGCCCAAAGCCUACGGACAAGAAGGGCAUCGGUAAAAUGAUGGCGGUUGCCCAAGAAGUCGCUGGCGAGCGCUUUGGACCCGACGCUAAGGAUCACCAAGAUAUGCUGGGUUCGUUCGUGAGACACGGUGUUUCGCGUCGCCGCUGCGAGUCGGAAAUGCUCUUCCAGAUCAUAGCCGGUAGCGACACCACGGCUACCGCACUUCGUGGGACUAUGCUAAGUCUGCUAACGUCGCCAUUGGCUUACUUUAAGCUGCGCGAAGAGAUCGAUACCGCCAUAGCUGAAGGCCGAAUUUCGUCACCUAUAACGUUAGACGAGGCAAAGGGCCUGGAUUACUUACAGGCUGUGAUUUAUGAAGGUCUUCGAAUAAAUAUUCCCUUUUCUGGCCUUACGAUGAAGCGAGUACCGCCCGAAGGAGAUACGCUCAAUGGGAAAUUCGUCCCUGGGGGAACGCGCAUUGCCCACAGCUUCCUAUCCCUACAGCGUUCAACUGCGAUCUAUGGAAAGGACGUGGAUCUAUUCCGGCCUGAACGUUGGCUCAACAUCGACCCUGAGAAACGCCGUGAGAUGACAAACGCAACUGAGCUUCUCUUCGGAUACGGUCGGUUUGGUUGUAGCGGGAAGAACGUUGCGUUUAUGGAGAUGAAUAAGGUCUAUGUUGAGCUGUUGCGGAGUUUUGACUUCCAGCUCGUUGACCCCCAUAACCCGAUUAAGACCAUGAAUAAAAGCAUGUUCUUCCAGAAGCACAUGUGGGUGAAGAUUGUUGAGAGGACUUGGCGUGUAUAAGAGGAACGCUGUAGAGAGUGAUGGGAGUUAGGCAACAUUCUGGACAGUCAAAAGACCUAUUUGGCUAAGAAACAGGGUGGCGGACUCACCUGAUCUUUCAUUCUGACAGUAUAAUAGCAAUAUUUCCUGAACAACUAUCGCUCGAAGAGAAGGAUAUAGUUGUUGAAAUUUAGUUACAAUCCAACGAUAGUUAUUGAAUGUAGGAGAAGCAGAAAUCAAGUGCUUCUAUAAACAUGGUUUUAGUUUAUCGAUCAAA